CGAAUUGCGUGCACGAGCAGCGCAGCGAAACGCACGCACGCGGGCGGCGCCCCGGCAGCACCGGAGCCGAAACUGAAACGCACUCCAGCCAGCCGCCCAGCGGCAGCAGCGCGAGCGAGCGAGCGGAACGGAACGAAGCACUGCGACAUCGAUCGAUCCUCCCUCCCACGAAGCCGCGAACCCAUCUCCGAGACAGCGGAGACAUGCUCGCCCGGCUCGCCGCGGGGCGGCGGCAGCGGCUGCUGCCCCUACUUCCGCGCGCCGCCCCGGCCCCGGCGGCUGCGUACAGUUCGUCAGCGGCGGCGGCGGCCCACGGGGGCGUGGCGCCCGCCUCCGCCUCCGUGCUCCCGGACACGCUCGACCGGGGCUCCGACGCCUACGCGCGCAACGCCGCCGCCGUCGCCGGGCUGCUCGCCGACCUGCGCGCCCGCGUCUCCCAGGUGCUGCGCGGGGGUGGCCCGGAGGCGGUGAGGCGGAACGCGUCGCGGGGGAAGCUGCUCCCGCGGGACCGCAUCGACCGCCUGCUCGACCCCGGCGCGUCCUUCCUCGAGCUCUCGCAGCUUGCAGGCUCAGAUGUUUAUGAAGAAGCAUUACCAUCAGCGGGUAUAAUAACUGGCAUUGGACCUGUUCAUGGGCGAUUAUGUAUGUUUGUGGCCAAUGACCCAACCACAAAAGGGGGCACAUACUAUCCUCUUACUGUCAAAAAGCAUCUGCGAGCACAGGAAAUUGCUUCUGAAUGUAAAUUGCCUUGCAUAUAUCUCGUUGACAGUGGAGGUGCUAAUCUCCCCAGGCAGGCUGAAGUUUUCCCUGACCGUGAUAAUUUUGGUCGAAUAUUCUACAAUCAGGCUAAGAUGUCUUCAGAUGGUAUCCCUCAGAUUGCCUUAGUGUUAGGUUCUUGCACCGCUGGCGGGGCUUAUAUUCCUGCAAUGGCGGAUGAGAGUGUAAUAGUUAAGGGAAAUGGAACUAUAUUUUUAGCUGGCCCGCCACUUGUAAAGGCUGCUACAGGAGAGGAGAUAUCUGCUGAGGACCUUGGUGGAGCAUCAGUACAUUGUAAGGUAUCCGGAGUCUCGGAUCAUUUUGCACAAGAUGAACUUCAUGGGCUUGAAAUGGGGCGAAACAUUGUGAAGAACCUGCACUUAGCUGCUAAAGGGACAAAUAUUCAAAGUUCUGCUUGUGAUUACCAAGAACCAUUGUACGAUGUAGAGGAACUUCGCUCAAUCGCACCAGCUGAUCUGAAGCAGUCCUUUGACAUCCGUUCAGUAAUAGCCCGUAUUGUUGAUGGAAGUGAAUUUGAUGAGUUCAAAAAAUUGUAUGGAACAACACUGGUGACUGGUUUUGCAAGGAUAUGCGGGCAGCCAGUUGGAAUUAUUGGAAAUAAUGGCAUUUUGUUUACUGAGUCAGCACUAAAGGGUUCCCACUUCAUUGAAUUGUGCACUCAGCGCCAUAUUCCUUUGAUAUUCCUUCAAAAUAUUACUGGAUUCAUGGUCGGGUCGAAGUCUGAAGCUAGCGGAAUUGCAAAAGCUGGAGCAAAGAUGGUCAUGGCAGUUUCCUGCGCCAAGGUUCCUAAAAUUACAAUAAUUGUCGGUGGAAGUUUUGGUGCUGGGAACUAUGGAAUGUGUGGCCGUGCUUAUAGCCCAAGCUUUUUGUUUCUUUGGCCAACUGCUAGGAUAUCUGUUAUGGGUGGCGUCCAGGCAGCCGGCGUCCUCGCUCAAAUAGAAAAGAACAACAAAAAGAGACAAGGAGUGGAGUGGACCAAGGAUGACGAAGAAGCCUUCAAAGCAAAGGUCACGGAGGCUUACGACAGAGAAGGGAGCCCAUACUAUGCCACUGCUAGGCUAUGGGACGAUGGUGUCAUCGACCCUGCUGAUACCAGGCGGAUUCUGAGCCUCUGCCUCUCUGCGGCAGCCAAGCCAGUUCCGGAAGACACAAAAUAUGGUGUAUUCCGGAUGUAAAUACUGUAUAUUCAGACGCAUCUGUGUAUAAAUAAAACGGCUUCCAUGCGCCCAGUAUGUAUUCGACUUUUGCCCUCUGGAAAUAAAUUUUUUUAUCCUGGUUUUAUGUC